AUGAAUAUGGUAAUUGUCUGCGCAGGCCUGCCAGUUCUGCCACUGGCCGCCUAUUUUGCAAUGAAAUUUGCAGAGGUGGAUGUAAUGUGGAGGGUGUUCACUGCAAUGCUUCUUGUUAUUUUGUAUGUUCUGGUUGUGGCUAUUUUUGCUGCCAGAAAGGUAGAAGAAGAAGAGCUAAAUAGAAAGAAAACAGUGUAA